GCUCUUGAUGUCCGAUGUACACAGUGUGUGGAGCUUUGAAAUCUUUGUAGUCUCGUGAAGUCCCGUAAAAUAGGCAUCAGAAAAUUUGACUUCGCGCGGGACCGACAAUCGCCGGAAAAGCCCGAAGGAUUGGAUUUUAAGCUGUGAGCCCUGUGAGUCAAGUGAAGUUGUGGCACGCAAAUAAACGUAAUACCCAAGUAAAACAACGCUUACUUAUUGUUUAACUAAAAAUGCCCGAUGGAUUUGAGCGUUAAUAGUGACGUACUUGUGGAAUUGGAUUCUGAAACCGAAACAAGAUAACUUUGCACGUAAAGCCAAGUCGGCAGCAACUACAUAUUCAACUAAAUACAAUAAUCUAUUAUCAGGUGAUUUGUUUUACUGACAUGGAUCUAAUCGAAUGUGAACCGCUGAAAAAUACCACGGAAGUACCAAUAAAUAAUGUCAAGAUGAUCGCCAUCGAAGAAUGUUUACCACCAACACAGAAUUUAAAAGAAUCUGAGACUGAGAUUGCUCUGGGCAUUUCCAAUGAAGCAAAAAUCACUGCAGUAGAAGGGUCCGUAAAAAAUCACACAACAGAUCCAUUGCUCGACAAUUUUAGGAAAAUUAAUAGCAUGGAUAUUGAAGGGGUGCAAAAUAUCAUCAAUGUUGAUCAGAAAAUUCCAGCCGAUAGUUCGGUGGAUAAAAAAAAAUUGAUUUUUAAAACUCCAAGUUUAUUAAUUGGCCCAAGGAAAGGAAAACCAGGAAAACUGUGCGACUUGGCUUCUAUUUCAUCUGUAAUACCUGGAGUUGACAAGAGAUUACCAGAAGUAUCAGAGUCUAUGUCUAAUAAUGAAGAGGAAUCUGGCAAUAGCAUUAAAACAAUUGAUUUAGCUCAUGAUGAGUCAAAAUUGAAGAAACCAUUAUCAUCUGCUGAAAUAGCAACAGAAAAACAGCCAGUUUUACCUUACAAAGAACCAAUAUGGGGAGGGUUGCCCGAAAAAAAAUACAAAUUAGAAGUAUUAAAAUCUGGGGUGAUUUUAGAGACUAUAGACUUGACGCUGAAAAGUUUCUAUGUUUUGGGAAGAUUACCGAUCUGUGAUAUCCCCUUGGCUCACCCUACCAUCUCUAGAUUUCACGCAAUCAUUCAGUACAGAUUAAAAGGAGAUGAAAAAAAUCCAAUAGGCUUGUAUUUGUAUGAUUUGGGAAGUACACAUGGCAGUUUCUGGAAUGGUCAUCGAAUGAAGCUGAACAUGUAUGUCAGGAUACGUAGUGGUCAUAUGAUAAGAUUCGGAUGUAGCCAGAGGAAAUUUAUUGUCCACGGACCCACGGAAGAUGAGGAAGAUGAAACCGAAUUAACAGUUACAGAAUUAAAGGAAAAUAGAAGAUUAGAAUUAGAGGAGCGACAAAGAAAAGAGAAGGAAGAACAACUGAGAAUAGAAGAAGAGGAAAGGUUGAGAAAAGUGAAAGAAGAAAAUGAAGGAAUAGAUUGGGGGAUGGGAGAGGAUGCCGAUGAAGAGACUGAUCUAUCUGAAAAUCCUUAUGCAGCUACAAAUAACGAAGAAUUGUUCUUGGAUGAUCCAAAAAAAACUCUUAGAGGAUGGUUUGAAAGAGAGGGAUUCGAACUUCAAUACCAAACAGAGGAGAAAGGCAUUGGGCAAUUUCUUUGCUGGGUUGACCUUCCAAUUGAUAGUAUAACUGGCAAGUCUGUACGAGCAGAAGCUCUGGUUAAGGGAAAAAAAAAGGAGUCCGUUAUUCAAUGUGCCCUGGAAGCUUGCCGAAUCUUGGACCGGCAUGGGGUACUUAGACAAGCACACCAUGAGGCAAGAAAGAGAAAGGCUAAAAACUGGGAAGAAGAGGACUUCUACGAUUCAGAUGAAGAUAAUUUUCUAGAUAGAACAGGAGCAAUUGAAAAGAAACGCCUGCAGCGUAUGCGAAGUGCAGGAAAACUGGAAGAUACAGUCGAAACCUACAAUUCUCUGCUCGAAAAACACAAAGCAGUGGUGAAACAGAUCACGAAUAUUGAAAAUGAUCUACGAAAUGCACAAUGGCAGAAAGCUUUGGAACCUGAAAGUUCAGAUGAAGAUGCACUCGACGCAUUCAUGUCAAAUUUAAAAACCGUUGCACUCAAUAAGAGUGAAAUUGUAAAAAUGAAAAUUGAAUUGCAAACACUUAGAAAGGAGGAGAACCGAUUAAUAAAUUUAGUAAACAUUGCUAAGCCUGCUAAUUUACCACCACUAAAACCCCAAACAUCCUUGGAAUCUACUGAUCCAGAGAACGUACAAAGUGCAAAAUCACUACCCAUGAUCGGCAGUAGGAAAAAAUUUAAAGUCCUGAAAAGCGGCAUAAAAUCUGUUGGAAGCUCACUAAGUAUUACCCACAAAGCAAAUGAGGCAGAUGAAGAUGAUGAUAAAUCAGAGAACGAAAAAGAAGUUAUUAAUGCAAGAUUAAUAGAGGCUUAUAAGUUGAAUCUGACAGAAAGUUGUUCGCUUGGUGAUGGCGAAUCUACUGAAACUGGGAGUAGUAUUUUAGAAAGUGAUAAUAGAAAGGAAUCUGAUGAAAAUAAUGAAGAACAAAACCGUAUAGACUGCUCUUCUGAAGCCAAGUUAUUAGCAAAAGAAGAUAAAUCGAGAGAGGAAGUUGAUGUGCAAAAGCGAAAGCGGAGAAAUCAGAAAAGAAUACAACAAAGGUUGGAGAAGGCGGAGAAGGACAAGCAAAAAGGUUACGAACAAGAUACAUACAAGGAGGAUUACUCAAUGUGGGUACCUCCAGAAAAUCAAACUGGCGAUGGAAAAACUAAUCUUAAUGAUAAGUUUGGAUAUUAAUCAUUUGAACUCUUGUAUAAAAUUCAAUCAGCGAUUAAAACUACGUAGAUAAUAGCUGCGUAUCAUUAAAUUUAACUUAUUUGACAGUUAGGUAGCACUUUCCAUCUUACAUGGAACUUGUUAAUUUAUGAAUUUAUAAACGUGUCACUACAUGAGAAUAAUACACAAUAGCUGUAAAUUAGGGAUAAGAGUAGCGAGUAAUGCAUUUACUGCGAUCAUCUAUCACAUAAUCAUUUUGUACAUAUCAACGAUUUUUUUUCGUUGAAUAAAGGGAUUCGUUAUGAAACAUUUUUAU